AUGGUCGGCUUCUCAGAACAAACUCAAUCUCUACUUCCCUCCAUGGAUUCUGGCCAAGCCCGCCUCAAAGAGCUCGGCUACAAGCAAGAGCUCAAGCGCGAUCUCUCCGUCUUCUCCAAUUUCGCCAUCUCCUUCUCCAUCAUCUCCGUGCUCACCGGUAUCACCACCACCUACAACACCGGUUUGCGAUUCGGCGGUACCGUCACUCUCGUUUACGGAUGGUUCCUCGCCGGAGGAUUCACAAUGUGCGUCGGCUUAUCCAUGGCCGAGAUCUGCUCCUCUUACCCAACCUCCGGCGGUCUCUACUACUGGAGUGCCAUGCUCGCCGGCCCCAGAUGGGCCCCACUCGCCUCUUGGAUGACCGGCUGGUUCAACAUCGUUGGUCAGUGGGCAGUGACGGCGAGCAUUGAUUUCUCUCUGGCGCAGCUGAUUCAAGUGAUCGCUCUUCUCUCCACCGGCGGUAAAAACGGCGGUGGUUACGAAGGAUCCGACUUCGUCGUGAUUGCUAUAUACGGAGGAAUCCUCUUCAUCCACGCACUUCUCAACAGCCUCCCGAUCUCCGUCUUGUCCUUCAUCGGACAGCUCGCCGCUCUCUGGAAUCUCCUCGGGGUUGUGUUGCUCAUGAUUCUGAUCCCUCUGGUUUCCACGGAGAGAGCAACCACAAAGUUCGUCUUCACCAAUUUUAACACUGACAAUGACGUCGGCAUCACCAGCUACGCUUACAUAUUCGUUCUUGGCCUCCUCAUGAGCCAGUACACCAUUACAGGCUAUGAUGCCUCUGCACACAUGACGGAGGAGACGAUAGACGCAGACAAGAACGGGCCAAGAGGGAUAAUAAGUGCAAUAGGGAUAUCGAUUCUGUUCGGAUGGGGUUACAUAGUUGGGAUAAGCUAUACGGUCACGGACAUACCCUACCUUCUGAGUGAGGACAACGACUCUGGUGGUUACGCCAUUGCUGAGAUCUUCUACUUAGCUUUCAAGAGCAGGUUCGGGAGCGGCACUGGUGGAAUCGUCUGCUUAGGCGUUGUCGCGGUUGCUGUGUUUUUCUGCGGGAUGAGCUCUAUCACCAGCAAUUCAAGGAUGGCUUACGCGUUCUCGAGAGACGGAGCCAUGCCCUUGUCGCCGUUGUGGCACAAAGUGAACAGCAGAGAGGUUCCUAUCAACGCGGUUUGGCUCUCUGCUUCCAUUUCCUUCUGUAUGGCGCUCACGUCACUGGGGAGCAUAGUGGCGUUCCAAGCAAUGGUGUCGAUAGCGACGAUCGGGCUGUACAUAGCAUACGCGAUACCGAUAUUUCUGAGAGUGACGCUGUCACGCAACACCUUUGUGGCUGGACCGUUCACGCUUGGCAAGUACGGGAUGGUGGUUGGGUGGGUGGCGGUGAUAUGGGUUGCAACCAUCUCUGUGCUCUUUUCGCUUCCUGUGGCGUAUCCUAUAGCUGCAGAGACCCUCAACUACACGCCGGUGGCUGUUGCUGGUGUGUUGGCUAUAAUUCUCUUGUAUUGGGUUAUAAGCGCACGCCAUUGGUUUACAGGUCCUGUCUCCAACAUUGUUGCCUGA